UGAUUUAAUAUUACGCAAAUUGACUCAAAAUUACAACUGUUUCCGUAAACUUUACGUCCUAUUAAGGCUGCAGGUCUACGUCAACUUAAUUUCAUUUGUGCUAACUCGGCGAAUUGAUUGAUCGGAACAUUUUUUUUUUUAAGUCAAUGCCCGAUACAAUCUAAAUCCCAUUAUUCAAACUGUCACCACAGUAGGAGUCGUAAAAUUCAGUGAUAAAUUCCGAGAAGCCCAGCAUAAAUUUAAAAAGCUUAUGAAUAUUAAAAAACGAAUAAAUUACAACCCAUUAACUAUUUAUUCAUUGGUAUUGGUAUGUAUUAGCUGAAGAGAUGCAACCGUUUUCGUUUAGUCAUUACAAUAAAUGACCAUUAAUUAUCUAACUUGUUUCCCAAGAGUUUUCUUCAUAUUGCCUGGAAAAGCAAUAAAAAAUUAAUUAAUAUUGUGUAAACAUUGCCACAAUUUAUUAAAAAAAGCAAUUGUAUGUUAUAAAAUGAUAAAAUUUCACGGAUGGAUAGUAAUUGUAAUAAUACUAUGCAACUUAAGCAUUAUUGUAAUAAUCGGGUUCCCUUCACUUAUUUAUUACACUCGGGAUAGGAUAUAUUUAUUGUUUGUCUACUAUCGUCACUAUUUUCGAUAUACCAAGCAUGAGAUACAUUACAAGUUGGCUACCCAGCGCCUUAGCAAGGUCCCAAUACGUUAACAACUUCCAGUAUCUGACCUAAAUUUAAAUAUAUUCGCCAGCGGGAGACACGCGAUUCAAUAAUCUAACAAACAUUUUAGCCUUAUAUAUAUAAGCACCUUCAUACGUACAUUUAUUGUUUUAAGUACAAACAAACGUUUUGGUAAGAUAAUAAAUAAUAUUCUUCGAGCUAGAAUGAUUCCGUGCCAGGCUGUGAUAUUUUCUCUGAGCAUCUGUUUUAUUAAUUGUCUUCAGACUUAUGAACAAAGGAACGAACAUCCUAAAAUAGUCGGCGGGAAUUACGCAGAUGAUGGACAAUUUCCUUAUCAAGUUUCAUUGAGGAUUAAGAAUCGUCAUUUUUGCGGCGGCUCUAUUAUUAAUCACAGAUGGAUAUUGACUGCUGCGCAUUGUCUUAGAAAUUUCAACGAUACGGCAAUUAAAGUAGUAACGGGAUCAACGAAAUUGGACGAAGGAGGAAAUUGGUAUCAAUCAGUCCGUAUUGUCCCGCAUGAGCGUUACAGUUCAUUGUUUAUUAGAAAUGAUAUCGGGCUGAUUGAAGUAGACGAGGAUAUUGAAUUUUCUGACAACGUUAAGCCGGUUGAUCUUCCGACGGGUAACUUUGAUAAGAGUGAUUAUCCGGCUUAUUUGUCUGGCUGGGGUAAAACUAACUACCCAGGCAGCAUUCCCAACGAGCUCCAAUACAUAAAACUCACAGUGAUUGAUCAAAAACAGUGCCGUAACUUCAGUAUGCGGGUGACAAGAACCAACAUCUGUACAUUGAAUGGCCGAGGCGAGGGAGCUUGUCAUGGAGACUCUGGUGGGCCUCUAGUCGCAGACGGAGUUCAGAUCGGCGUUGUUUCUUGGGGAAUCCCUUGCGCGAAGAACAAACCCGAUGUCUUUACAAGGGUCUACAGCUACCUCGACUGGAUUAAAGACACAACCGGAGAAAAAUCUGAAUCUGAAUCAGAAGCCGACACCGAUACUUUCGAUUUUAUCGAUGAUGAUUUUGCAACAAUACUUGCAAGAAUGAUUCUCCAUUGUUUCACGACAAUUUUAAUUGUCACAGCGAGUGCGUCGAGUAAAGUGCGUGUAAUUGGAGGCAAAGACGCUCAAGAUUACGCUUAUCCUCAUCAGGUGUCAUUGCGCAUAAAAGGACAUCACAAUUGCGGCGGAUCGGUGAUUACCAAUCAGUGGAUUCUAACCGCAGCGCAUUGUCUCAUCAAUUAUUUCAACAGAGCUUCGGAGGUAACGGUUGUCGUUGGAAGUAAUCACUUGAUUAACGGCGGAGUUGCUUAUCAGACCACAAGAAUCUUCAUUCAUGAUAGCUACAAUAAAAGCAAUCAUUCUCAUGACAUUGGGCUGCUGAAGACUAAAAUUGUAAUUGAAUUUACGGAAGCUGUCUGCCCAAUUCCACUGGCCAGCUUUGAUGUCCUAGAACUUGGACAAGAAUUGCCAGCUACCUUCACCGGAUGGGGAAGCAAAUAUCUGAACGGGACCACGAUUGACGUGCUUCAAGAAAUUCAGCUCCGUGUCAUUAAACUGUCUACUUGCCGAAAGACAUUCGCUGAAAUUACUCCCGGAUCUUUGUGCACGCUGAGUAAUCCUGGAGAAGGGAUUUGUUAUGGUGAUUCAGGCGGCGCAUUAGUUACAGAUGGCCAACAGAUAGGGAUUGCCGCCUGGGGUUCUCCGUGUGCUCAAGGUUAUCCCGACAUCCACACGCACGUAUACUAUUACCUUGACUGGAUAAAAUCAACAAUUGAGUUCAACGGCGAUAAAUGAAGCUACUAUAUACUUAUCAUUAAUAAUUGUCUUUUAAAUGAUAAGAUAUGCUAAAUUUUUUUUUUUAAUAAUUAUAAUCAUUUAAGUCCUCUUAAAAA